AUGAAAUUCUCCCUCUUUGCAUUGGCCCUCGCAGCCUUCACCGGCGCAGUGUCUGCUGCCGAGCCCCAACAAAACAUCAACCCCGAAAAGGUUGCUCAAGACGAAUCAGACCCAACUUCACUUCUCAACUUCGACUUAUCGUACAUCAUUGAGAACCAGCCCGAACUCGGCGUCCAGCAGGUGUUGGAAAUCCUGAACUCGGACCCUCUCUCCAUUUACUACACCCUUGUGAACAAUGAGGAACACGACAUCACCGUCAUGGGAUUGGGAGGGGUGUUUCUCAGUCCACUCAAUGGUGAGCCUGUGGUAAACAUUACUGCCAGCUCAAUUGGUCCAAUUGUCAUCAAAUCCGGUGAGAAGGAUGAGUUCAGACAGAAGGUCAACUUGGACAUGGACACCGGCAACUAUGUAUUGGUUCCCAACGUGUAUGCAGCCUACCAGGGCAAAAUGAAGGUGGUUGAUGCUAGACAACAGAUGGUUUCGGUCACUGAGGUUCCGCUUUCACUCUUGAAUCCACAGCUUUUGUUCGUAGAAUUGGUGAUGUUGGCUGUGGUGGCUGGUCUCGUGCAGUUCUUCUACCCAUCGUUUUUGAGUAACUAUUUCAAGGGCACUGCUCCGGUGAAGGUACCAAGAGCAGGCAAGAGCUCCGGAAGCUCGACUGCCUACGAUCCUAAUUGGAUUCCUAAGAGUCACUUGUCUACCACCAAGAAGACGAAAACCAGAAAGGCAUACUAG